AUGUUUCUUGAUACAACAGGAUUUUUCAAGAUGUGCGCCACAUGGGCUAUCAAGAAGUCAGGAAAGAGCGGUACAAAGUUAUUCAUGUUGAUCUACUUCACAGUUGCUUUCAUUACUAUUUUAUCAUCAAAUGAUGUAGCAAUUCUUACUUUCACACCAUUUGUCACUUAUUUUGCUCGUGCAGCUGGAAUUAAUCCAAUACCCUUCCUAUUUGGUCAGUUCAUGUCAGCCAACAGCUGGGGUAUCAUGCUGAUCAUUUCCAACCCAACGAAUGUCGUUAUUGCUACAGGAUUUGGUCAUGAUUUUGGUUUUUAUUGCAAAUACGCAUUCUUCCCAGCAUUGUUGCAGGAAUGA